AUGUCUAUUUCCUCUGCGACGCCGUAUACCAGCCUUUCUGAUGCUCUCCUAGCUCGUCACAAGUUAGCAGCGCACUACAAGCGGAUGCCUAAGGCUCCGACUGACGAGAAUGAAGCUCAGAAUCUCAUUGAUUGGUUCCAGGGCUUCAUUGUCAGGAUGGAUACGGUGAUUCAGGAGGUCAGAGCAGACAAGGUUGGAGUGGAUUUCAACAACAUCUGCGAAAAUGUGCGGGCCUUCGUCGAACCCCUUGCAACCCCUGCAUGGUAUGUGUGGGGCACGACGUUCCUCCCCGACCUGAAGACUCGCUUCGGAGAGCAGGCACUGAGAGACGCCGUGGAUCUCGCAUUCACCAACGCUGACAUCGAAGAGCAUCACUUCAUAUCUCUUAAAGACCUGUUGGAUGAACAGGAGAAGCUGCCAGCUACUAAAGCGAACAUAUGUUCGUCUGAUGAGGAGUCAAAGAUCGAGAAAGACUUAAGUAUGUCGACUCAACCAAUAUUCCUCUUACCUCCGACUCCCAUCACAAUUCGAACUGCGUGGAAACAAAAACGCCCGAUUCCGUUCAGUGAAGACCACGUACCGUGA